AUUUGCUCCUCUUCACCGUAUCAGGCUACCCGUGCAGGUGCUAUCAGGCGUUGUUCGCAUACGCAGACAUCACUCACAUCUCGCAUGAGGCCCACGGCUUUUUUUCUUCUUUCCGUCACACUGGUUUCCUGCUUAUAACAUGCCGCCUGCGAAGCGUGUCCACGAAGACGCCCAGCAGCUCAAGGAGAAGCUGCACUCGCUCCAGGGCACGAAUGCGCGUGGCCGUCGCAAUGGUGGCAUCGUGACGACGAACGGCAGCAGCCUGAAGGAGGUAGACAAUGCGUCGACCAACAGUGGCCACACUUCGACCGAGGCCAGCUCGUCCAAUAUGAAGUGGGCCUCACAAGAUGCCGCUGUCCUCCAAAGCUACCGACGAGCCUACCGCCUCGAGACGCCAUCGACCUUCAAGAAUCCUCUCAGCCACGUCGUCCUGAGUCAGGGCAUUGGCCGCUUCUCACCCACAAUGGCACGGCCGAAGCCGAAGCGAAGAGUGCACAAGGACCAGCUGGCCCUCGCAGUGAGGAAGAACUUCAACGCGUUGGGUGUCUCCGAGGCCGACGUCAUCGUCGACUGGCUGUACAAAUCGAAACAUCAAGACAAAGAGUUUCGCGUGCGCUUCGCACCGCAACGGAAAUGACCUCGAGUCAGUCUUCUGGCGCAUACACACACUUCGCUGCACUUUCGGAGUUUUUUAUCGAUACCCCGGUCUGACACAACUGUCAACCACCACUACACGUAAUGAAAAUGGGCAUUUGGAAGGCGUCUUGAUAUACUGGGUUGGUGUGUACACCGAUGGGUACGGUGUGCAUAACAUGAGGGUGUUUACACUAUGGGCGCUCGGCGAUAGAGAGUCGAGCGGCCCUGCACUACACGGACAAGGAUAUGCCACGGAAUCAGGCAUAGAAAAUAGUUAUACAAUACAUAUUGGUAUUGUAAUUGGGCCAUGUUUGACAUGUCGAUGCUCAUCGUGCAGUUCGAUGUGUUUGGGUCCAGCAGGCCUCGGAAUACAUUCGGACAUGGAAUCAAAGCCACCCUUUCUGGUCA